AUUGUAUCGUAUCCAAUAAGAGAUCAAUCUUGAGAUCCAACCGACGCCAAUAACCACCAUUCUUUCUUGGGACUCCGUUGCUCACGAGGACUUUUAACACGUUAGAAAAUAUCGCAUAUACCAUCAUCAUGCAGCUGCAAAUUCGUGGACAAGACACAUUUGUCAUCAAUUGUGAAGAUAAUGAGAAAGUGCAACAUAUAAAGGAAAAGAUUGCGUGUCAACAAAACAUUGAGGGAACUGAAUUUACUCUUCAUUGCUCUGGAUCAUUAUUAUCAGAUGACACUUGUGUCGGGGAACUUCCAUCAGAUGUACUUGAGUUGACUGUACCUUUAUUGGGAGGAAAGGUUCAUGGUUCCCUGGCACGUGCUGGUAAAGUGAAGGCUCAGACACCCAAGGUGGAAAAGCAAGAGAAGAGUAAAAAGAAGACUGGCCGUGCUAAGCGACGCAUCCAAUACAAUCGUAGGUUCGUCAAUGUUGUCCAAACCUUUGGACGCCGACGUGGACCGAAUGCCAAUACAAAUACAUAAUUUAACAAAAGAAGAAAUCUUUUAAUAUUACUAUAUUAUUUGUUACAGCAAAGUCAAAUAAAAUGUCAUAGAUAAAAAUAUCUUAAACAUAUAUUUUAUAAUGAAAAAUAGUCUGUAUUAGGUUAUAUUUUUUAAGUCAUAAUGCAAUACUGCUAAAAAGCAGUCUGAAUUGAGCGAAAUCUAUCAUAUAAAAAAAAAAA